AUGGAUCUUCGGCCGGUGUCCGAGUUCGGAGGAAAAGGGGAUCCAGAGGAGGAAUUCGCAAUAGAAUGCGAAGACGCGGAUAAAUUAGAGGAGCUCAAAGUUUACUUCUCCAAGACUGAGUGGACCAAUUUGCAGAAAUGUGAGAAAGUGCGAUUCAAAAGGAUCAAGAGGAACCAUGAAGUUAUGUUAGCCCUUGGACGAUCGAAGAAAGAGCGCUUGAAAUCGCAGAAGGGGCAGGCAAACGUUUACGCCCGUGGUGAAAAGCUCCGCAGCGGGCCAAAAGUGUGCUACACUGAGCAAGAGGAGCCCAGAGAUGAAGAUUAUUUCUAUUGUGACGAGUGCCAGUCCUUCUUCACUGAUGAAUGCCCGGUCCACGGCCCCCCUUCAUUCAUCUUUGACUGUCCAGCGCCCGUGGGGAUCCCCGACAGGGCCCGGCUUACCCUGCCACCCAGUCUGGAGGUCAGAGUCUCCAGCAUCCCGGGAGCAGGCCUGGGGGUGUUCGCCAAGGGACAGACAGUGCCCAGUGGAGUGCACUAUGGACCCUACGAGGGAGAGCUGACUGAGGAAGACGUAACCACGGAGAGCGGCUACUCCUGGAUGAUCUCCCGGAGCAGGCCCUGUGUCAUUGAUGCCAAGAGAGAAACCCACUCCAACUGGAUGAGAUAUGUUAACUGUGCUCGAAACGAGGAGGAGCAGAAUCUUGUGGCUUUCCAGUACAGAGGGUCUAUUCUGUAUCGCUGCUUUAACCCCAUUCACCCAGGGGAGGAGCUGCUGGUGUGGUAUGGGGACGACUAUGCCAAAGACCUGGGUAUCACCUUCGACGACCUGUGGAGCAACAAGUGCUCUUCUAAAGCAGAGAUCUACCUGCACAAACACAUCAAGCACUCUCACCAUGAGGAAUAUGUGAGACUGCUCAGAGCAGGAUCAGUCACACCAGAGAGUCUCCAAACCUCCACCAGCUCCCACAGGCACUGUGCACCCUCUCAGACUGGCCCAGAUACAGUCAGACUCCCAAAACAGGUGGAAACCAGCAGCAAGAGAGCGCAUGCAUGCGCCCAGUGUGGAAAGAGUUUCAGUCGGGAGGCACACCUUAAACGACACCAGCAAACUCACACAGGGGAGAGGCCGUACCACUGCGCCCAGUGUGGCAAGAGUUUCAGUCGGGGGCGAACCCUUAAACGACACCAGCGAACUCACGGAGGGGAGAGGCCGUACCACUGCGCCCAGUGUGGGAAGAGUUUCAGUUGGGAGGGAACCCUUAAGCUACACCAGCAAACUCACACAGGGGAGAGGCCGUACCACUGCGCCCAGUGUGGAAAGAGUUUCAGUCACGGGACAGACCUUAAACGACACCAGCGAACUCACACAGGGGAGAGGCCGUACCACUGCGCCCAGUGUGGGAAGAGUUUCAGUCGGCAGGGAACCCUUAAACGACACCAGCGAACUCACACAGGGGAGAGGCCGUACCACUGCGCCCAGUGUGGGAAGAGUUUCAGUUGGGGGCGAACCCUUAAAGUACACCAGCGAACUCACACAGGGGAGAGGCCGUACCACUGCGCCCAGUGUGGGAAGAGUUUCAGUGAGAAGGGAACCCUCAAACGACACCAGCGAACUCACACAGGGGAGAGGCCGUACCACUGCGCCCAGUGUGGGAAGAGUUUCAGCCUAGGGGCACACCUUAAACUACACCAGCGAACUCACACAGGGGAGAGGCCGUACCACUGCGCCCAGUGUGGGAAGAGUUUCAGUCACGGGUCACACCUUAAACGACACCAGCGAAAUCACACAGGGGAGAGGCCGUACCACUGCACCCAGUGUGGGAAGAGUUUCAGUGUGGAGGGAAGCCUUAAACUAAACCAGCGAAUUCACACAGGGGAGAGGCCGUACCACUGCGCCCAGUGUGGGAAGAGAUUCAGUGUGGAGGGAAACCUGAAACGACACCAGCGAACUCACACAGGGGAGAGGCUGUACCACCGCGCCCAGUGUGGAAAGAGUUUCAGUCACGGGACAGACCUUAAACUACACCAGCGAACUCACACAGGGGAGAGGCCGUACCACUGCGCCCAGUGUGGGAAGAGUUUCAGUCGGCAGGGAACCCUUAAACGACACCAGCGAACUCACACAGGGACAAACAACUUGCUAUGUUCCAUCACCGGGAUCUGUCGCAUCGCUACAAAGAAGAGAAUGCUGUGUGAGGCGUGUAGGGAGAAGCACAGCCUCUACUCUGGGGUGACAGAGCUGUUCACUGUGCGCAUGGCCUCCUACUUGCUGCUGCCCUACCCCCUCCCUGUGCAGACUGCGUACUGCAGGGCACAGAGGCUGGUGGAGUGGAUACCCGAGGUGACAGAGGACAUGAGGUGGCUGUAUGGGGUGGCUGGCUCUGUGUACAGACAGGCGUGGAGAGGAGGAGCUCCCAGCACGGGCAGUGAAAACGUGCUCCCACACCAGCCCUUUUGGGAGAAGAUUGGACGCCCCCCUGCUCGAGACAUAAAGCCUCUUACCCCAGAAGAGUGA